GGCGUUACAGCUGUGCUGUGCUUUCACAUAUAAACCAGAUUAAACAGUCAAAGGAAUGCUGAACGGGAAAGCUGUGUUAUUUCCACCUUGCAGGACUUACUGAAAUGAGCCUGGCUGUAUUAAAUGUGAGAUAAAACUCCCACAGGGAGCAUUAGUCUGAGUGAUUCAUAUAAACACUAAAAGAAGUCAGUCUUGGUUGAGCUUCCUGGUCAAAUAAGUUGACUUUUCUGGGAGAUAAUCUUAUCAGGAGGAGGUCUGAAGGGAAGGCAAGUUACAGGUGAUAAGAAAUGAGUGUGAUGAUGCCGUGGUUGCUGCUGCUUCUUCUCCUGGUCAGCUUCGGCUCACCUGCACCCAGGUUUUCGGAAAAGGAUAUCUGCCUCCUAGACAACAAUAAAUUAAGACAAAGGUUAAAACUGCUUCAAGAUUUGCUUUACUUAUAUGAGCUGCAACUGAAGGACAUCCUGGAGAACAAUUACCAUAGAACAAAAAGUGGGCUGUUCUCAGGCAACAGGAGCAUGCAGCAUGAGAUGCUUUUACCCACAACCAGUGGAAAUUUGAUAGUCUAUGACCAAGAUUGCUCCACAUUGUUUAAUCGGAAGAAGACCGAAAACGGCUACUACCGGAUCAGGCCCCGAGCAGACCGAGAGCCUUUCCUGGCAUACUGUGACAUGUCUGAUGGCGGGGGUUGGACUGUCAUUCAGCGGCGGAGUAACGGCAAGGAGAAUUUCAACAGGAAAUGGGAUGAUUACAGAUCGGGAUUUGGGAAAUUCCAGGGCAGGAAUGAUGAAUACUGGCUGGGCAAUGACCACAUCUAUGACCUGCUCGCUAGAGGAGAGAACUCAUUAAAGAUUGAUCUGAUGGACUGGCAUGGGGAAAGACGUUACGCAGUCUAUGAAAAUUUCCGGCUUGCAAAUGAGCAGGACAAUUACAGGUUAUGGUUUGGCACCUAUUCUGGUAACGCUGGCGAUGCUCUGUCUGGUGGCAGCAAUUUUGAAGAUCAGUGGUCAGCCUCUCACAGAGGGAUGCAGUUCACCACAUCUGACAAGGAUCAUGAUCGAUUCCUGGCAGGCAACUGUGCAUUAGAGAACAAGGGCGGUUGGUGGUUUAACAGGUGCCAUGCCGUAAACCUCAAUGGACGAUACUACAGAACAGGGAGGUACAAUGGAUCCCACGACAAUGGCUUGGUUUGGUCUACAUGGCAUGGGACGUGGUACUCACUAAAAUACUCGGCCAUGAAAAUCAGGGCUCCGUUCUUUGUUGACAGUGAGAGCGGAGAUGGUGAGAACAGUCAGGGCAGAUGAAACCUGCUGCUUUGGAAAUUAAAAAAAGUACAGGCUGAAAAGAAUCAUGUAAAUUAACAGCCAGCCCUCUGCUGCUGCCAGUCGCCAAACCAGCACUGUGAUAACUGGAGUUGCACCUGUUUCUGCUAGCUGAAGCUAACGCCACGAGUUGUUUGAGCACAGCCAGCCAACAAUUCAAUGGAAAACAUAUGGAUCUCUGUCAUGGAAUAACCACAGUUUCCUUUUUCAGCAAUUUUCAGGACUUCAUUGGAGAGUGUUUACAAAAAGCUCUCUGGACUUUGAAUGGAAUCAUAGAAUCAUAGAAUGUCCUGAGUUGGAAGGGACCCAUAAGGAUCAUGAGUCCAACUCCUGGCUCCACACAGGACCGGCCGAAUCAGAGCAUAUGACUGAGAGCGUUGUCCAGAUGCUUCUUGAACUCAGUCAAGCUCAGUGCUGUGACCACUUCCCUGGGGAGCCUGUUCCAGUGCCCGACCACCCUCUCAGUGAAGAACCUUUUCCUGAUAUCCAGCCUAAACCUCCCCCAUCGCAGCUUCAUGCCGUUCCCAUGGGUUCUAUCACUGGUCACCAGAGGGAGGAGAUCAGCGCCUGCCCCUUCGCUCCCCCUCAUGAGGAAGCUGUAGGCCGCGAUGAGGUCUCCCCUCAGUCUCCUCUUCUCUAGGCUGAACAAACCAAGGGACUUCAGCCUCUCCUCAUACGUCUUCCCCUCUAGACCCUUCACCAUCUUUGUUGUCCUCCUUUGGACACUCUCCAAUGGUUUUAUGUCCUUUUUGUACUGUGGAGCCCAAAACUGCACACAGUACUCGAGGUGAGGCCGCACCAGCGCAGUGUGGAGUGGGACAAUCACUUCCCUAGACUGGCUAGCAAUGCCGUGCUCGAUGCACCCCAGGAUACCGCUGGCCUUCCUGGCAGCCUGGGCGCACUGUUGACUCAUGUUCAACUUGCUGUCGACCAAGACCCCCAAGUCCCUUUCAGCAUGGCUGGUCUCCAGCGUCUCAUGGCCCAGUCUGUACGUAUAGCCAGGGUUGCCCCUUCCCAGGUGCAGAAUCCGGCACUUGCCCUUGUUAAACCUCAUGCGGUUGGUGAUUGCCCAGUUCUCCAAUCUGUCCAGAUCUCUCUGCAAGGCCUCUCCACCCUCGACAGAAUCAACAGCUCCUCCCAAUUUGGUGUCAUCUGCAAACUUGCUCAUGACAAUGAUCAAGCAUGUGCUUUUAUCUAUCUGUACUCUUCACAGGCUAAAUUUUUCUCAUCUUGAUUUUAACCAUCAGUGGUUCAGGUAGGAGAACUUAAGAACAGAAACAACAAGGUGAUGGGGAAUUGGACUUCAUCUGAUGUGCCUUUGUCAGUGCUUUGUUCUGGAUCAGGAGAAUGUUUUUAAGCAACUCUCCCUCUGGUCCCCAAUUGCCACGCUUCAGUUGCAGAAUGCUCCUGAGUGUGUGAAACCAAACCAGUGGAUGGACGUGCUCCAACUGCUAAUGUGCAUCCAGACCGAGGCAGCUUCAAAGUAAACCCCUCAACACGGACAGCGCGGACGCUGGGUUUCAUUGCCAACAGCUUCCUGCUGCAGAUCCACUUCUACAGCACAUCGCAACACAUUAAUGCAGACAACGCUGCCCACCAGACUUAAGCCCCAGAUUAAAAAUAGGCAGAUUUUACUAAAUUUAAGAUGAGCACAGAUAUUCUUAGGAGUUCAUAAAACGCAGUCAUGAUUCAUUUGUACAGUCUCAUGUAAUCUACCAGAUGACUUUGAGUUAGUGAAGGGCAAUCAGAAAGUGGAAAGUGAUUGAACCAUGAGGCACACUGCUUUCAUUGUCUCACUGGAGUGAAACGAGAGCAACACAAAUGACUGAAAGAAAUGGAAUACUGAAAAUUUAUUUUCCACAAGUUGUUAAUAACAACAGUUAAAAAUGAACAGUAAUAUGAGCUUCAUGCAAAUCACUUAACUACCAUGUUGUAGAGUGAGACUAUUUUAUUUCUGAAUUACAAUAAUUUUUAAAAAUGGUAGUUCUUUUCCAUUUAUUUGCUUUUAGAUCUAUACAUAUUGUAAUUUGCUUUAUAUAUCUAUAAAGAGUGAAAUAAAACCAUCUGAGUCGGA